AUGAAGUUCUCUACAUCGUCCCUCCUGCUGGCUUUGAGCCCGGCUGCCUACUCCUUGAACCUCGGGCCCGACUACCAGCAUCCUAUUGAGGACCUCGAUAAAGACCUCCCUUUCUCCCAGCCCGUCACAUUUGCCCACCUGGAAUGGCAACGCUGUCUAGCCUCCUCACACAAUACACCCCUCGAUAUUGCCAUCUUGGGCUUCCCCUACGAUACCAGCACCUCUUACCGUCCCGGCGCUCGCUUCGGACCUCGAGGCAUUCGCGCUGGAUCCUCCCGCGAGAAGAAGGGACGCAGCUACAACACUGUCUGGGGCGUGGAUCCCUUCGAGGAAGAGCUGAGCAUCGUCGACUGCGGUGAUAUUCCCAUCACCCCAUUCGACGCGGCGCAUGCCUUCAAGCAGAUGGAACAAGGAUAUCGACAGGUGCUGUACCAUGAGACCAAUGUUACCGAGGGAUGGAAGCAUCCCCGCAUCAUCAGUUUGGGUGGAGAUCACUCGAUCGUCCUGCCGAUCCUGCGGUCGCUGAAGACGGUGUACGGCCCCAUCUCGGUUAUUCACCUUGACUCGCAUCUCGAUACAUGGGAUCCGUAUGAGGGAUACACCGGCAUUGCGUCUGAGCAGUCGGCUAUCACCCACGGAACCUUCUUCUGGCAUGCCGCGCGGGAAGGAUGUAUCAACAAAGGGGCCAGUGUGCAUGGUGGCCUGCGCACCAAGCUGUUUAGUCCCAAGGACUACGAGAUCGAUGAGCAAGUGGUCGGAUUCCAUCGCAUUGAGGCGCAUGAGAUCGACAUCAUCGGCGUGGAAGGGAUCAUCAAGCGCACAGUUGACGUGGUCGGAGAUAACCCGGUCUAUCUCUCCAUUGAUAUUGACGUUCUUGAUCCAAGCAUCGCUCCUGCUACAGGAACCCCCGAGUCCGGCGGUUGGACCACGCGCGAGCUGAAGCGCUAUAUCAAGGGACUGGAGAACCUGAACCUGGUCGGCGCAGAUGUCGUCGAAGUCAGCCCUCCCUAUGACUCGACAGCUGAGACCACUUCUGUCGCAGCCGCGGAUCUCAUCAUUGAUAUCCUGGCGGCCAUGGCGAAGAACAAGAAGGGGCUCCCUGCUGCGGGCGUGAAGACGGCAGUCAAGGAUGAACUGUAA